AUGGUCACCGACGCUGGCUUUGACGCGGCCGGAGCGCGGGGCCUUGUUGUGGAUGGGUUUAACAAGACGGUGGAAAGUGGAGUGCUGGCCACCACUGACGAGUCGCUUCAAUUUGCUGCAUUUCAGGACCACGGUCCGGCGCGUAUGUGUGCAGACGCCGACGAAAUCAGGGCUGGGUUUAUCCAGGCACAGUACGCCCUCCAGGGCCAUCGCUCCACGUGGUGGACGGGAGGGGCGUUUGCGGCCCAAUUCACCACCAUACUCUGGGCCUUCAACGAUCUGCUUCUGCCGAAAAUGAUCGACAGUAUGGAGGACCGAUGA